GGAGUGUUUCCCGCCUCUCCUGAAGCAGGAAGGCGGAGCCAGCGUGCGCCGGAGCCCCGCUGCGGAAGGCCGAGCUGCAGACCAAGCAGCGUGAAGAGCGUCCUGUUGCAUUUCGGUCACCGGCAACCGGCGGCAUGUCUCACGAGUCUCCGCUCUCCAAGCCCUCCAGCCCGAGCAACCCCCAGCUCUUUCUCGAUGUGGACAUUGGGGGCGAACGAGCUGGCCGAAUCGUGUUAGAAUUGUUUGCAGAUGUUGUGCCCAAAACUGCUGAAAACUUUCGUGCAUUGUGUACUGGAGAAAAAGGUAUUGGGCCUGCAACUGGAAAGCCUCUUCAUUAUAAAGGAUGCCCCUUCCAUAGAAUUAUUAAGAAAUUUAUGAUCCAGGGUGGAGAUUUCUCACAUAAAAAUGGAACAGGUGGAGAAAGCAUAUAUGGAGAAAAAUUUGAAGAUGAAAACUUUCAUUACAAGCAUGAUCAGCCAGCCUUGCUCAGCAUGGCAAAUUCAGGAUGCAAUACAAAUGGCUCCCAGUUCUUUAUCACAACUGUGCCAACUCCUCAUCUUGAUGGGAAGCAUGUGGUCUUCGGCCAGGUGAUCAAAGGCAUGGGUGUUGUAAAGCUGCUAGAAAAUGUUGAAGUAAAGGGGGAAGAACCUGCUAAGUUGUGCAUUAUUGCAGAGUGUGGUGAACUGAAGGAAGGAGAUAACUGGAGAAUCUCACCUGCUGAUGGUUCUGGUGAUACUCACACAGAUUUUCCUGAAGAUUCUGAUGUGGAUUUGAAGGAUAUUCCCACGAUUGUGUCUGUAGCUGAAGAUGUAAAAAAUAUAGGCAACACUUUCUUCAAAUCCCAAAACUGGGCUAUGGCAAUUAAGAAAUACAGGAAGUCUUUAAGGUACAUUGAAGCUUCUAAAGCUGUAGUAGACGAGGCAGAUUCAGCAAAGUUGAACGCUGUAGCAUUGACCUGCUACCUUAACAUUGCUGCUUGCAAACUGAAACUGUCAGAGUGGCAAGAUGUAAUUGAAAACUGUACUAAGGCUCUGGCCAUAGAUCCUGCAAAUACUAAAGCACUUUACAGAAGGGCUCAAGCUUGGGAAGGAACAAAAGAUUAUGAUCAGGCAUUGGCUGAGCUUCAGAAGGCUCAAGGUGUAGCACCUCAAGACAAAGCUAUCCAAAUGGAAGUACAGAAAAUUAAGCAGAAGAUAAAGAAGGAGAAGGAAAAAGAGAAGGCAGCUUAUGCAAAGAUGUUUGCUUAAGUCAAGAUAGCUUUUUCUUCUUAACUUGUGCACUGAUAAAGGCAGGGUUAGUAUAAGUAGUAGUGACAAUGUGUUAUUGACUGUCACCAAUACUGAUGCUGUUUCAUGUGUUUACAUCUUGGAUUUUCUUGAGGUUGCAUAUAAACUCAAACAUCUUUCAUUAUCAAGUUAAAUAGUAAGAUAUUUAACAGUAGUAGCAUUUUAACCUAAAAAGUAUAUGAAAAAUGACUUAGUAAAGCUUCAGAAUGAUCAAGUACAAACAAUUUGAACAAAGUUUGGUAACAUACCCAAAGUUUAACUUCAGCAGGCUAUUUCUACCCCUUUUAGUCCCCACCUAUAACUCAUUACUGAAAAUUCAAAUGCUGUUAAAGUGGUGUUGAAGAAAUAAACUGAAUUUGUAAUCAU